CGGGCUCUGGGAGGUUAGAAGGCGGUUCCUGUAGACUGCUGCAGUGAGAUAUCCCCGAUGGCGGUGCGGGCUGGUUUGGUUGCUUUGUUGGUGUUUGCUGUAUUGACCGGGACAACAGGCAGACCUCUGCAUGCUCAGUGCUCGGUGGAGUGGACAUUUGGCAUUCCUUGUAAUAGUGUGUAUCUGGAGUUAGUGACACAAAUUAAAGCGUGGAGGACUGCUGAUAACUGUGCUCAGGGGGGAGAGAAGUGCCUGUACACACUGAAGUCUGCAAAUGAACAUUAUAUUGUUGCUGAGCACACCACUCCAGUGCACAAAUAUGUGGAUAACCUAACAUUCAAACUGACUUCCUCUUUUGACAAGAGAUCCUGCUCUGUCUCUGGAUUCUCUGUUUCUGAACUGUGGUAUGCAGUCUUUGACUUUGGUACAAACUAUUGCAACUUGCACAACCUUAUUGAAGGUAGUGGCUUAGACAGAGUUUCUGGUUACAGUGAAUCAACAAACGAUUCUAAGUGCACUCAGUACUCAUCAGCUAAUUGUACCAUUUACUAAAUGACGUGUAAUUCAGUAAUAACUAGGAAUAAUCAGGAAUCUGUACAAUACUAAUUAACUCAGGGAUGCCAAUUUUAUGCACUUCUCGUUUAAAAUAAUUGACUUCUGAGUAUUAUAAUAAGCCUUUUCCCCCAAUAAUAAACUAACAAGCUCUGAGGGUUUGAAUAAAUAAAACAAAUUGUUGACACCAUAUUUAACAAUUCCAGGGAGCAAAUAUGACUCAGUUUAAAGACCAUGGGUCCUUUUUAGUUGAAGUUGGAGCUUCAUAUCAUUGAAUAAAAAUAUAGGGAAUCUGGACCACAGUAUCAGCUAAAAGUGGUGAUGGGAGAAGAUAAUAAAUGGGAAGUUUCCUUGUUCAUGUUUACUCUGAGUGGCUACAAGAGUUGGUUGGGGACUAGAAAUCCUGUACACUGUCUCAUUCCCAAAGCCUGUCCCUGGUAUCUGCAAGGCACAAGUCAGGAAUGUAAUGAAAUAUCUCCCUCUUGACUGAAUGCAUCUCCAACAACACUGAAGCUUUAUAUUGGCCAGGAUGAAGUGGCCUGCUUGACUUUCAUGUCAUCCUCAAAGAUCCACUGCCUGUAUCACUGAUGCUCAGUGACAGCAGUGUGUACCAUUUAUACGAUGCACUGCAGAAACUUACCAAAUCUGCUACAACAGCGCCUUUCAAACCGACAGCCACCAUUAUCUAGAUGGAUAAGGGUAACAAAUACAUUGGAACACUGCAACUUGCAACUGCCGCUCACCUUCCUGACUUGAAAACAUAUGCCAUUUCUUCAGAGUUGCUCGGUCAAAAUCCUAAACUCUUCACCACUCUCCCCAUGGUCUACUUGCAGCAAAUGAACUGCAGCAGUUCAAGAGUACAACUCGCUCCCACCUUUCAGAGUAACCAAGGAUGGGCAAUAAAUGCUGACCCAGCCAGUGAUACUAACAUCUUGUGAACAAAUAAAAAGGAACUCUCAAUGUAGAAAAUGGAUAAGAUUCUUUUUGGAAUGCAGUAUGAAAGUACCUGGCUUUGUGAUUAUUUUCUAGUGCACUCUUAGAUUGUAAUUAUUGAAAUUGUGCUAUUAUUGAUUUCUUUCUUCCCCUGUCCUCUAAACAUCACGAACCUUAUUUUUCCCUUUUGAAACUUUCAUUUUUCCUGGUGGACUCAGCUCCUUCUAAAGCUUAGUAUUUUUUUAUUAUAUUGUUUUCAUCUAUUAUCUUUUUAAUGUAAAAUUAUUUUGUCUGUUUCACAUCUGUCAUUUUCAUCUUGCUUGAAUUUGAUUACCUGUAUUCCAAAAUGCAGAAUGGUAUUUCUGACAAUAACAGGCAUAUAUGGCUUAAUAAACAUGCAAAGAAAAGAA